UAAACCCCCCUUUCCAUUUCACAGCAAAAUCUCGAGAUAAAAAAAAUGGCAACAUUAUCAUCUCUAGCAUCACAAAUUCCAACAACUACACCAAACUUCACUCAUUUCACAACACAAUCAAAACCCACUCUCCAAAUCCUCAAACCAACAAACCCUUUUAACAAUUUCUCCAAAUUCUCACAUUUACAUGCAGUUCUUCAUCCCAAAUUCCCAAGAAGACUGUAUGCAGUUGCAGAAGAACAAGAAGCAGCAGCGCCAGUUGCUCCUCCAGUUGACCCUUCGUCAGAGGCUGCCAGGAGGCUUUACAUUGGGAACAUUCCGAGGACUGUGAAUAAUGAUGAACUUGCCAAGAUUGUUGAGGAACAUGGGGCUAUUGAGAAAGCUGAGGUAAUGUAUGAUAAAUAUUCUGGUAGGAGUCGCCGAUUUGCUUUCGCUACAAUGAAAACUGUUGAAGAUGCCAAUGCUGCUAUUGAGAAACUGAAUGGCACACAAAUCGGAGGACGUGAGAUCAAAGUAAACUUUACGGAAAAACCUUUGGUAACAUCAGAUAUGUCCUCUCUCCAGUUAGAGGAAUCACAAUUUGUUGACAGUCCACACAAAGUUUACGUGGGAAAUCUUGCAAAAACAGUGACUUCAGAAACACUCAAGAACUUCUUCUCCGAGAAGGGGAAGGUUUUAAGCGCAAAAAUUUCACGAGUUCCUGGGACCUCAAAAUCCAGUGGAUAUGGGUUUGUUUCCUUCUCUGAAGAGGAGGAUGUAGAAGCUGCCGUUUCAUCUUUUAACGAUUCUCUUUUGGAAGGCCAGAAAAUUCGUGUAAACAAAGCCUAGAGUAGUUCCCCUGCAUCUCGGAAAAUCAGAGUACUUGCAAUGUAUUAAAAUUUGUAUCAGUAUGUUUUUUUGUUCUCUAGUUACUGCUUUAGUCAUGUAUAUUUCUAUGAUAGCAAUGAUCAUAUGUACUGUUGUGCUUUAA